UCCUGUGGGGUGAUAUCAAUAUGUAAGGGACUGGAGAGAGGGGUCACAAGGCAAGCAGAAUUUUUUUAAAGCUUAGCACCCUUGCUUGGAGCAGAGCCAGGCAAUAUAGAUGGGGUGUUACCAAACAACAGCCCAAAGGCAGCAGCACAAGGAACAGAGCUAUCUAUAACACAGGCAAAGUUAAAUGGAGUGCAGGGAGGAAAAGACAGGCAGAGGGUAACAGACAGUCUCUAAUGACUAAGGGGAGGACAGGAUCAUUCAACAACAGGAUUUGAAACCGAUCAACUCUAUAUCCAGCAGCCGGAUAAGUCUCUGUGGCUGUCAGCUUAACUCUGCCGUUUGUUCCUGUGGUGUGUGAAGUUAAAUAGGACACAGAGAAAGCCUGUUGGCUGGGAGUGAAAGUCAAGGAGGGAGAGAGAAGAGACUGUAAUUGGACAGUGCCCAGGGAGUCGGGUGGAAGCACCUGCAGGCAGAGCCCCUCCAGGUAAGUGCUCUUGGCUUUCCAUUGCUCUUAGUGUUAAGGACAGACAGAUGGAUUUAUUGAGGACAGAGCCUGAUGGGGUGAAAGCCCCUCUCUGAACCCAGGCAAGCAAACAUUGGAUAGGGGCAGCUAUUUGUACAGGCUCUCCCUUCAGCUUGGGAAGGCAGAAAAGACAUUCCAGCACAAUUUUAGGGGCUGGGGGAGUGGAGAGUCUUUUUGGUGCUGCUCUUGCUGUUAAUGUAUCUUUUUGAAUUAGCAUUUUGAUAUGAUUACCUAUAGCAGCCUUGCAAAACAUACCAAUCCAGCCACUCAAUCUGUUCAUUUUUCUUCCCCAGACAGCAAUAAUUAAAAUAUCUCUGGGUGUUUUACUCACCUGUCAAAAAUAAAUUAGCCAUGGGGGAGGUGGGGUGGGCAAAUGGGAUUGAUAAACAUGUGCUGGGAGAGAGUGUCCCAAUGGGUCCAAUGUGCAUAUCUAAAAAAAAAAUGCUGUGGAAACUGUCAGAGCCCGGUGGAGGGGCACAGAGUGCAGCACGUUCCUGUGCAUCAGUGGGAAUUCUUCCAUUCCAAGCCCCAGCCCCAGCCCUUGCUGUGGCUGCUGGAAAAUAUCCCCUGGCCUCCCCCUGAAUGGGUACGCAGAGAAACAGAAGGGUCUUCUGUAGUUCCCCCUACCCUUCUUCACUCCUCUUUAUCCAGAGAGAAGGCGGGGUGGGGAGGACCUGUUGUCAUAGUCACUUAUUGUCAGGGGAGAGUUUAUGGUCUUUGGGUUUUUAAUUAGGAGGAGCAUUUCUUCCUCCUUCUAACUGAGAGGUAAUUCUCCCCCUUAAUCACACCCUCCCUCCCUUUUCCUCCUAUUCUGCUCACUCACUCUUCAGCUCCUGCAGCUGCUGCAGUCUGAAAACCUCAAGCUGAUGAGCUGUGUUAUUACAUCCCUGCUGUAGACAUUACAUCCAUUUUACCUCUAAAGGGAAAGGGAGCAUUUGUGAGAGCGGAAGGGAAUGUAGCAGCUACCAGGGGACAGACCACCGUGAAUCUGACUUAGAGGCUUCAGUGCAGAGUGGAUAUAUGGGAGGUGUCAGGCUGAGGUGGGUGAGAUGGAAUGAGCAGAAGGUUAUUGUUCUAGGGGGGUCAGCCCAGCAAUUCAUAUUAACCUCUAGCAUAGGACAAAAAUAAGGUUGAUGCAUUCACAUCAGACAACUUAAACUGAGCAAAAUCUAAGCAGAGACCUGUUAACUCAUCACACAAGUGAACAGAGCCCAAUUUUACCAUUGUUCCAUUCUGAACUAACCUUGAUCCUUUGUUUCACUUUGCAUCCUUCUGGGUCUCAGUCACACUCUACCCUCCUCCCAAAAGGAACUGAUGUCCCCCCCCCCAUUCCCUCCCCCUUCCAAGCCAAAGGCAAAACAUUAACUGGGAAGGCAAACCUGGAGUCCAUUCCUGUCUCCUCCAUUGCCUUGAGGACUGACUACCUGCUUCUGCUCUCCUCUUCCUUUUAGGGUCUGCCAGGCUGAGACUGUUCUUCUGACCUGUGAAGACCUGUGCCAGGCUGCCUGGUGGAUGUGAAGACACACUAGAGAACACUGACCAUAAUGCUGUUUAUGAGUGCUGGCCACUGGUGGAGAAACAGGUUUUCCAUGCCAUGGCAAGAGGCCUGUUUACUUGGCUGUUGGUUCUCUUUGUGUGCUGCUGAGUCCUUUUUUGCUUGCCCUUCCUCUUGCAAGUGUAACAACAGCAGUCUGGAGGUGGACUGUAGUGGCCUGGGCCUCUCAUCCAUCCCCUCAGACAUUCCUACAAACACCAGGACCUUCCUCUUCCUCAACAACAAACUAAGCACACUGCCAGGACCUGUCUUUUCCAACCUCUCUGCCCUACAGAGGCUGGAUCUUUCCAACAACUUCUUGGACCAGCUUCCUCAGAACAUCUUCAAUGACCUAGGGAACCUCACAGAACUUCAGCUGAGAAACAACAGCAUCAGGACCCUGGACAAGGAUCUUCUGCAGCGCACAGCCCUACUACGUCAGCUGGACCUAUCCAUCAACGGCCUUGCUCAGAUACCUUCAGGCAUCUUUGAUGACCUCCCCGCUCUCCGCUCACUAUCCCUCAGGUCUAACCGCCUACAAAGCCUGGACAGAGUGACCUUUGAACCAUUAGUCAGUCUUCAGCAGCUCCAAGUUGGGGAUAAUCCUUGGGAAUGUGACUGCAACCUGAGAGACUUCAAGCACUGGAUGGAAUGGUUCUCUUAUCGAGGAGGGAAGAUAGACCAGCUGGCAUGUACCCUGCCUAAGGAGCUACGGGGGAAGGACAUGCGAAUGGUCCCCAUGGAGAUGUUCAACUACUGUUCUCAGCUGGAGGAUGAGAACAGCUCAAUUGUGCUGGACAAUCCUGGCCCACCGUGCACUAAAGGAAGCCCAACUCCUUCAAAAACCAAAUCAGGCCCAGAACCAGAAGUGGAACCCAGUGUUGUAUGUCCCCAGAAACAGAGAUACCGCCCUGUUAGCGUACGCCGGGCCAUUGGCACCGUGAUCAUAGCAGGGGUUGUGUGUGGCAUUGUGUGUAUCAUGAUGGUAGUGGCAGCAGCCUACGGCUGCAUUUAUGCCUCCCUCAUGGCCAAGUACCACCGAGAGCUGAAGAAGAGACAGCCGCUAAUGGGCGACACAGAGGGUGAACAUGAAGAGCAAAAGCAAAUCUCCUCAGUGGCAUGAAACUCUUCUUGGAAACCAGGGACAGGAGUGAGCAGGGCACUUGAGUGCAGUGAGGCCUGGAUCCUCUGACAGUAUGCCAUCCCAGACAGACUGUGCUGUCACUUCACUCAUCUGGCUAGUGCAACAUGUCUCUGGGGUUAGGACACCUGGCUCUAAUUUCCAUUUCUCUGCAUCAGGCCUCUUUGUAUCCUUCUACCUUCCUGGUCUCCCAAGUGAAACUGUGAUCAGACCUCAAGUUCUUGCCAUGCUUUCUGCUUGCAUGGAGUACCCCUUGGACAGUCGCUACAUGGACAACCAGCACCUUCCAAGAGCCCGUCAUCCUGACCUCAUCAUCUCUGCUUCACUCUCUACUCCAUCCAAAAUUCUACAUGGCUCUGCAGCACCCUCCCUCCACAGGCAAGACAAGCAGGCAGCUGUGGGGCACAAAUUCCCGAUACGAUGAGCAAGAUGCCAGGGCAAGUGCAUACGUCUCACAGUGCAUGCUGUCACAUCAUGGUAAUGUACUCCCCACCACCUACACAUUUAAGGAGAACCUGAUGAAGAGUCCACUGAGAGAGAAACAGGGUCAGAGGGAGAUGCCCCUUACUAUGUCCACUGCUGGAAAGAGGCAUAUACAGCCCCCGAACUCAAGAUCUGUGAGUACCAGGCUCCAUCCAUUCCCCCCUAGCAAACACUGAGCCCACACACUGCCAGUCAUGCACCUGUGCCUACAGACAGCAUUGCAUGUACACUGACUGCCCACAUUUACUUGCUUGCACAUAUACACAAUAAUAAUGCAUAGAUUACUUAACAGUGCCUAGGAGUGUUCCUGGCACCUCUGAAUCCAGGCAAAAGACAUGUUCCCCACCCCAGGGGGCUCACAGAGAGAUUUCAGACAUGGCACAGAUGGCAGGGAGGGGAAGGGCAGAGUCAGUGCCAGGCAACUUGCAGCAUUGCUUAGCGAAGACUCAUGCACAGUAUGAUAAAGACAAAACAUGUUUUUGUAUCCAUGUUAUGUUUCUGUAAGGUAACUAGAGACGACUUGGUCCACCAGUGUCUAGUAGAUGUGGCAGAGGAAGUGGGCCAUCAGGAGGGAUUUAAACAAGGACCUAACUAACCAACUCAGGAUGCAUAUUUCGUGUGUUGGGACAAUGAGGAGAAGAGCAGGGAGGGAGGAUACGCACAACAGCUGCCUUGCCUAGCCAAAGGAAGUGGCAUGAGGAAGGGGCACUGUGAUUAGUACAGAGAGGCUGAGGUAUGGAGGGCCAUGUGGGGAGGACAGGAAACUAGUACCUCAUGUGAUAGACAAGGGGAAGCCAGGCAGAGGUUCGAGGAGAUGGGUGAUGGGGUCAACAUGCCCCAUUGACACAGAUGUGUUCACUGCCAUAGCUGCACACAGGCACUUAUACAACUUGUACAAAUACAAGGCUCUCCACACAUGUGUACACAAAUGUACUGAUGAACGUAUAAGCAAGCACAUGCAUGUACUCACAGGCACAAGCAUGCACAGACUCUGUCACUUAGGAAAACUCUUCCCAAGCCAGAUUUUAGAACUCACAGAGUCUCAUUUUUGCUUCAGCUCUUUUCAAACUGAUUUAAAAAAAGCAAAAAGAAACCAAACAUAAGGACUCAUUUUAUAUCAUUGGAAGUGGGAUAAAAUGCUGUCUCCAGGGGAGAGUGCGGAUUGCCAUGGUAACCUGCUCUAACCCGUCACAGUGGGUAUUCCUUGGAUAGGAAGAUGACACCAGAGGUCAUGCAGUCGCAAUGUUUGUGGAUGGUGUGAUCCUUCCAGUCAUGACAUGCUCUGGCAGCUAGCCCAGACUUGCAGGGUAUUUCUCCAGUAAACCAGACACAGAGACCAGCAAUUACUGCACCUGGGCAUAGGCAGGUCACAGCCCUUCCUUCCUUUUCCUAUUGUUUCCUGAUGCCAUCCAGUGGUUUGCUGUCUGUCCCUGACCUGCUCUUCGAUUCCAGUGGAAAUAACACAUAUUCUAUGUCAAUUCCUUGUGGCCCCUAUCAUGCUGUCAAAGCAAGAGCACUACCAAGUAUUUAUAUACAGUUUGGAGUGGCUGAAUUCAUUCUACCCAGCCUAGAGCCACCAGAUCCAAAGAGCUGGAACAACCCCGGACAAGUUAAAUUUGAUUUCCUUUUCCUGAGGGGAUGAAGGAACAGAGGCGAAUGUUCCCCAUGAAGCAGAAAGGAGGUUGCCAUGGAGUAGGAAGGAGAGAGGCAGAUUAAAAUCCCCACCCCUUUCCAUGUGCUGUGUAUGGAAGGGUAAGUGGAAACACUAUGGAGCAAAUGGGGACUUAUUCUCCUCUAUGCAUUGUGUAACCCUGCCAUCACCCCACCCAACCCUCUGCUUCAGCUGUAGCCCACUCUGAGGGGCAGAACUGGUGUGCUACAGUCUUCUCUUGCCAGGAAAAGUGUUACUGCAGCUCCAUAUCCUCAGUAAGUCAGGACUAGAUUCUGCCCGAUGGACCCAACUUCCUGAGGGAACUUACCAUGUAACACACUGGACUCCACAGUCAUACUUGAAAUGGAACUUGAGUCAGAGCUGUAUAUUUAUAGAUCUAUAUUUUACUUGUAACAAAUAAUGAUCAAGCAAUUGCACAAAGCAAAUGGGGUAUGUGUGAGUGCAUGAGUGUGUGUGAAUAAAAGGUGGGGUGAGGAGGUUUGGAAAAGGCAAAAAUCCCCCCUCCCUCUCUCCUGUCCUGGACAAUUGUUCCUUUUUUGCUGGUAAGAGUUUUGCAUUUCCUAUGCUGUGGGUUUGAUUGUGACCUUAAACCUCACCUCCUGUUAUUUCUCACUGGCAUGGCAAAUGACUUGGUGAACACUAGAUUGGGACUUCCAGGAUUAGAAAACACUCAGAAACAGGAGAGGCAGGGAAGGGCAGGGGAGAACAUGAGGAGCAUUUGAGAAAAGUAAGGGCUGGACACUGGUGGGUCCCAAAGAAAUGCAAAUGCAUAGAAAGACAAUGGGUGACUGAAAACAAGGACUGGUGCUGUGAGCCCUUCUGGGCUGAACAAUGCAACAGGCUCUUACACCCCAGCUAGGGAAUGGGUACUUCUGUAUUGACCUGCCACACUGGGAACACUGGCUUUGCUGAGAUGCAGGUUUCUCCACAGCCACGAGGCACUUCUGGGAAACGUGGUCCUCCAACAUAGCCAGAAAUUAAGCUCACCUCAUAGUGGGAAGGAUGUCUAGCCUACUGCAUAGCACAGGGCUGUUUGGGUGCUCAGUAAAUGGGCUGCUCUCAUGUAUCUGGGCAGUGGGCUCCACUCCUCUGCAAGCAGGCACAGAAUGGCUUCUCUUAGAGAACCUUGCCAGCUUUGUCCCUCCAGUGAAGGCAGCCAUACCAUCCUCCAUGCAGAUGGGUGCCUUCAGGAAGAGUGUUACCCUGCUGCAGCCAGGUCCAACCAGCACCCCCUGGUAAUGGGCUUCCCAGGUCCAGCUCCUCCUCCCCACAGUGGUCUUCCUGCAGGGAGCAGAUGGCACAUGCAAUCUCUUUUCUUUUUCAUUAAUAUUUGAGGGAGAGUGACAAGAUUUUCUAAAAUGGUUAAACGGAGGUUCCUUUGGCAAGAGACAGAAGAUUUUUAAAAGGUAUAUUAUAUUUCUGGCUUGUUGUUACAGAAGAAUAAUAAAGAAUGUAUUUUCCUAUG